CGCAGCGUCGUCAAUAUUGCCCCGCUCCCCGGCAAGGUCAAUGACCUCGUCCACCACGACGAUGACGGGGUCGGUGUUCGGCGCCGGCGGACUGCGACAAACACAGCAGCAGAAUCAACAGCAGCAACAACUAUCGCUGCUGGACACGGAAGCAGCGGAUGACCCGUCCGAUCCGCUCUAUCUCCUGCUGCGCAGCUUCGUCCCGCAUGUGGCGAUCCACGCGUCAGAGGAUGUGGAUGCGCUCGUGCGGGAAAAGGGGUUUGUGGGGGGCCUGUGGGAGCUGCUGCGGCCUUUUGGGGAGAGGGUGCAGGGGAAGGUGACGGUGAGGGAUAGCAACGGGGCGGCGAAGGCGUGGGAGAAUUUUGCGGUACGGUUUGUGAGGUUUGGGGAGGGGGUGGAGCCUCCUGAGGGGGAAAAGGGGGGGGUGACCGGGAAUGUGAACGGGUUAAGUGAGGGUGGGAAGGGUGGCAGGGAGGAAGUGAUUGGGACGGUGGAGAAGGUUGUUGAGAGGCAUUUGCGUUUUGCCGAGGAGGCGUAUAGUGCGGGUGCGCAUGCAGAUGAGGAGGAUGUGGACUUGGAUGCUGUGGAUGCGACGUCGCCGUACUAUGCGCUGUAUCUGCGGCGGUUGCUGUCUGGGAUACCACUGGCGUGUCAUGAGACGUUUGCACAUCCCGUGGCGUGCGUCAUGGCCAUCAGCUCGAGGAAUACGGCGCCGAUCGAGGCCCUGCAGACGCUGUACCAGGAGACGAGCCAGGGCGAGCGCAGGUUGCCGCCUUGGGUGGACCAGGACUACCUGCGGUACUACAUCCUGGUACAUGACGAGGAGAAUGGCGAUAUCGCCAAGUCGAUGGCGCUGUUUGAGCAGAUGAAGCGGAACUUUGGGCUGCACUGUCAUCUGCUGAGGUUACGCAGUACCCAGAGCGCUGAGACGGACGACGACAGCAUACCCCUUCCACGGAGCGACUGGAUGACGGCCGCCGAGGAACUGGCCGAUAUCGAGGAGAGCGACAUGAGGGAAGAUUUUGAGGACCCCACGAGGUACAUCUUCGAGUCAGACGCGACAGCAAUAAGGACAUUUGUGCGCGAGAUGGUGACGCAGUCCGUAAUUCCUACCAUGGAAAGGAAUGUCUCGGUCUGGAACGACCAGGUGGCGUCAAGGAGGCGUGGUAUCAGCGGGCGCUUCAUGAGCUUGUCAAAGAGGUUCACUUUCGGCAGCUCAGGGCGUAGCUCUUCCAGCUCCGGCUCCAGCUCAUCGAGCAACUACGACGUGCUUGGAUUCUACCGGGCGGACAGCCCUGAGGCCAUCAUGCGACGGCUCGCGGAUUUCGCCUUCAUGCUGCGUGACUGGAAGCUGGCCAUGUCGACAUACGAACUGCUGCGCGGCGAUUUUCAAAACGACAAGGCGUGGAAGUACCACGCCUCGGCCAACGAAAUGGCCGCCCUCGCCCUCCUCAUCAUGCCGCCGAACAUGUCCUCAAAAACCCGCAUCGAGACUAUCAGCCAGAUGAUCGAGCAGGCAUUCUACUCCUACCAUACCCGCUGCAACUCCCUUUACGGAGCAACGCGGUGCACACUGCUAGCCCUCGAGCUCCUGCGGCUUCGCGGUGGCGCUGGUUUAGACGAGGCUGUCCGGUGGGACAUCAGGGUGCUGGAGUCCCGGCUGAUGGGCACCGUCGGCGACGCCCUCCUCAGAGAGCGCAUGGCGGUAUACUACGCCUCGAAGUCGGGCACGGGCUCGCAAGAGUGGGGCAGCCGGCGCCGCAAGUCGGCCCUGUGGAGCGUGCUCGGCGCCGAGGCGUGGAUGGCCCAGGCCAAGUACGUGCAGGCGCAGAAGUGCCUGAACGCGGCGCGCAGGAUGUAUGCGCUGCUCCCCGGCGAGUGCGGCGUGCAGAAGUUUGCCGUGGCCAGCGAUUUUCUUGCGCAUCUGAAUGACCAGGUCAAGGGCGUGUUAAGGGCGGACAGGGGGCGGGGCGCGGAGCAGGCAGAAGAGGAGCAAGGAGAGGGCGAGGUUGAUGAGGAGAGCGAGACGCUCGGGAAUAGGCGAUCCAGGAGGACCAGCUUGAUUACGCGUGUUGGAGGGGGCGGUGGGCUGGAGACAGCGCCGUUGAACAAUACAGAUCCGGCCAGUCUGCCGGAGAACGAAGGGAGUACUUUCCCAGACGAUGGGUUCGGUUAACACCAGACGGACGGAUAGAGGCACCAGUAGACAACGUCGAGGGUAGGAUGCAUGAGCUGGCGUCGGGUCAUCUGGGCUGUUGUUUAUCGAUGAUGCCGGUUGAAAUUAACAAGAAGACAUCGCACAUGGUUCACGGUGUCUUCG